AGAGCGACGCCCCAAAGGGGAUGGCGGCCGCGUCCUGGAGCGUCUCUGGCUGGGCGCUACUGCUGCUGGUGGCACUUUGGCAGCAGAGAGCGGCCGGCUCCGGCAUCUUCCAGCUGCAGCUGCAGGAGUUCGCCAACGAGCGCGGCGUACUGGCCAGUGGGCGGCCGUGCGAGCCCGGCUGCCGGACUUUCUUCCGCGUCUGCCUUAAGCACUUCCAGGCGGUCGUCUCGCCCGGGCCCUGCACCUUCGGCAGCGUCUCCACGCCGGUAUUAGGCAUCAACUCCUUCGCGGUCCCGGAGGACAGCAGCGGCGGGGGCCGCAACCCUCUCCAACUGCCCUUCAAUUUCACCUGGCCGGGUACCUUCUCACUCAUCAUCGAAGCUUGGCACGCGCCAGGAGACGACCUGCGGCCAGAGGCCUUGCCACCAGAUGCACUCAUCAGUAAGAUCGCCAUCCAGGGCUCCCUAGCUGUGGGUCAGAACUGGUUACUGGAUGAGCAACCCAGCACCCUCACGAAGCUGCGCUACUCUUACCGGGUCAUCUGCAGUGACAACUACUAUGGGGACAGCUGCUCACGCUUGUGCAAGAAGCGCAAUGAUCACUUUGGCCACUACGUGUGCCAGCCAGAUGGCAACCUGUCCUGCCUGCCUGGUUGGACUGGGGAAUACUGCCAACAGCCUAUCUGUCUUUCUGGCUGUCACGAGCAGAACGGCUACUGCAGCAAGCCAGCAGAGUGCCUCUGCCGCCCAGGCUGGCAGGGCCGUCUGUGCAACAAAUGCAUCCCCCACAAUGGCUGUCGCCACGGCACCUGCAGCAGCCCCUGGCAGUGUACUUGUGAUGAGGGCUGGGGAGGCCUGUUCUGUGAUCAAGAUCUCAACUACUGCACCCACCACUCCCCAUGCAAGAAUGGGGCAACAUGCUCCAACAGUGGGCAGCGAAGCUACACCUGCACCUGUCGCCCAGGUUACACUGGCGUGGACUGUGAGCUGGAGCUCAGCGAGUGUGACAGCAACCCUUGUCGCAAUGGGGGCAGCUGUAAGGAUCAGGAGGAUGGCUACCACUGCCUGUGUCCCCCAGGCUACUACGGCCUGCACUGUGAAUAUAGUACCUUGAGCUGUGCUGACUCCCCCUGCUUCAAUGGGGGCUCCUGCCGGGAGCGCAGCCAGGGGGCCAGCUAUGCCUGUGAGUGCCCCCCCAGCUUCACUGGCUCCAACUGCGAGAAGAAAGUGGACAGAUGUACUAGCAACCCGUGUGCCAAUGGGGGCCAGUGCCUGAACCGAGGUCCAACGCGCAUGUGCCGCUGCCGUCCUGGAUUCACAGGCGCCUACUGUGAACGUCAUGUCAACGACUGUACCCGCAGCCCUUGUGCCCACGGCGGCACUUGCCAUGACUUGGAGAACGGGCUCAUGUGCACCUGCCCUGCCGGCUUCUCUGGCCGGCGCUGCGAGGUGCGGACACCCAGCGAUGCCUGUGCCUCGGGGCCCUGCUUCAACGGGGCCACCUGCUACACUGGCCUCUCCCCGGACAACUUCGUCUGCAACUGCCCCUAUGGCUUUGUGGGCAGCCGCUGCGAGUUCCCCGUGGGCUUGCCGCCCAGCUUCCCCUGGGUGGCUGUCUCACUGGGUGUGGGGCUGGCGGUACUGCUGGUGCUGCUGGGCAUGGUGGUGGUGGCUGUGCGGCAGCUGCGACUUCGGCGGCCAGACUACGGCAGCAGGGAGGCCAUGAACAACUUGUCGGACUUCCAGAAGGACAACCUGAUCCCUGCCGCCCAGCUUAAGAACACAAACCAGAAGAAGGAGCUGGAAGUGGACUGUGGCUUGGACAAGUCCAACUGUGGCAAACAGCAAAACCACACAUUGGACUAUAAUCUGGCCCCAGGACCCCUGGGGCGGGGGACCAUGCCGGGGAAGUUUCCCCACAGUGACAAGAGCUUAGGAGAGAAGGCACCACUGCGGUUACACAGUGAAAAGCCAGAGUGUCGGAUAUCAGCGAUAUGCUCCCCCAGGGACUCCAUGUACCAGUCUGUGUGUUUGAUAUCAGAGGAGAGGAACGAGUGUGUCAUUGCCACAGAGGUAUAAGGCAGGAGCCUACCCAGCACAUCCUGGCUUGGGCCCAGCAGCUGGACCUUCCUUCUGCAUUGUUUACAUUGCAUCCUGGAUGGGACGUCUUUAAUAUGCAACGCGCUGCUCUCAGGAGGAGGAGGGAAUGGCAUGAACUGGAUAGACUGUGAACUUGCCAAGAGAUGCAAUACCCUUCCACACCUUUGGGUGUCUGUCUGGCGUCAGAUUGGCAGCUGCACCAGCCAGGGAACAGAGGAAAGGAGAGAUGCCACUGGGACCUGCCCUGCCAGCAGUGGCACCAGAGGGCUUCUUUUGGGGCCCUGGCCUGUUUUCCAGAAAGAGUGGCAGUGGCCCCAUGGGGUCUGGAGCUGCUGUGGCCUCCACUGGCAUCUGUGUUUCCAAAAGUGCCUUUGGCCCAGGCUCCAUGGCGACAGCCGGGCCCAAAUCAGAAAGGAGAGAGGGGGCCAGUGAGGGCAGGGCCUCCUGUAGGCCAGAAAACCACUGGGUGCGGCAAUGGCAGGGGCUGCCCUGCAGAUGAGGUGAGUGCUCAAAGGGAGAGGAGCGUUUUCUGCCCCGUGCCUCAACUACUGCGCGUCGGCCUGGCUGGGAACGCCACCCAGCCUAGGCCUUCUGGGCAAGAAUGCUGGUCAGCCUUACCCAGCUCCCACCACCCUCUGGCAUUGGGUGCCUUGGGGCUUCUGUGAGCAGAUAGGCAAGAGCCUGCCCCUUCUGCCAGCCAGGGGCGCUAGGCCUAAUUGGGGAGCUCAGGGUGGUUAUGUCGGAAAUUCCAAUGAGGGAGAAAUUGGGUGCUAUUACCACCUGCACCCAUUCCUCCCUCAAAAACCCACUUCUACAACCUCGAGUUGGGGCUCUGCUCACCACCCACUACUGCCCCAGGACCACCCUCAAAGCCGAUCUUCAGAAAUCAAUAAUAUGAGUUUUUACUUUGUUUGUUUUUUUGUAGUUUAUUUUGGAGUCUAGUAUUUUGAUAAUUUAAGAAUCAGAAGCACUGACCUUUCUACAUUUUAUAACAUUGUUUUGUAUAUAAUGUGUAUUUAUAAUAUGGAACA